CUUCUAUCCCUAUUCUCUCGUGUCCGUCCCUGUUCUUUGUAUUUUCUGUAAAAUGAAGAUGGAGGUUCAGAUAAACCUAGACACAUGAACACUCAACCCCACUAAUCAGUAUUACCAUUGCACCCCAACUUUCAAAUCUUCUCCUUUAUUUUCACUCAUUUCUCAGAUAUAGAGUUGGCCAACCAUGAUUCGAAAUGGUUGUGUUGCAUCCCCACAAGUGUGUGUUCCUUUGAAUUCGAGGCCGUGGAAAGGUGUCAUGCCUUGUGGCUCUUUCUUAUGCUGUACUUCUCAGUUUCCUGCCAAGAUUGCUGUUUCCAACAUUCAGAGCUCUUCCUCUUUUGGACAUAGUUUUGAGUGUAAAUCCUCGUUGCAAAGAGGAAUGACAUUCUCGAACAUGUCUGUUGCAUCGAGCCUACUCUCAAGUAGGGGUCAUAAUCCUCUAUUUCGCACAAUCCCUGUGUUACCGAAACGAUGCAGGUCUACUACAACCGUUCAAGCAUCAAAGGACGUCCCAACUAGUUGGCGUUAUCCACAAAUGACCAAGAAACCAAGAUGGUGGUGGAGAACAUUAGCGUGCCUCCCUUACCUCAUGCCUCUCCACGAGACAUGGAUGUACGCUGAGACAGCAUACAAUCUUAACCCCUUUUUGGAAUACUUUGAGUUCUUGACAUACCCUUUUCUGGAGGCUAUUGGCAUGCUGCCUAGCUGGUUUCUCAUGGCAUACUUCUUCGUCGCCUACCUUGGAAUCGUGAGGAGAAAAGAAUGGCCUCACUUCUUCAGAUUCCAUGUUGUGAUGGGAAUGCUGUUGGAGAUUGCAUUGCAGGUUAUAGGAACUGUGAGUCGCUGGAUGCCGCUAUCGGUUUACUGGGGUAAAAUUGGAAUGCAUUUCUGGACCGGCGUAUCAUUUGCUUAUCUCUUCACCGUCUUGGAGUCCAUAAGGUGCGCCCUCGCCGGAAUGUAUGCCGAUAUCCCCUUUAUAUGCGAUGCACAUUGUCAUUUUGUAUUGUAUCAGAGUUUGUUUUGAGAAGAACUGAAGAACUAGCUAUCCGAAUGUUACUGUUUAUUACUUUAUUUAGAAAAGUAUCUAUUGCUUGUGAUUUUCCUUUUGUG